CGCUACAAACAUGUCUCUCUCCACCAAGUUAACCCUGGACAAAGUAGACGUGAAGGGGAAGAGGGUAGUAAUGAGGGUGGAUUUCAAUGUUCCCAUGAAAAAUAACCAGAUCACAAAUAACCAAAGGAUUAAGGCCGCUAUACCUAGCAUCCAGCAUUGCUUGGACAAUGGUGCAAAAUCUGUGGUUCUCAUGAGUCACCUUGGCAGACCAGAUGGUGUCCCCAUGCCUGACAAAUACUCCCUUGCCCCAGUUGCUGAGGAGCUCAAAGUCCUAAUGAAAAGGGAUAUUCUGUUCCUGAAGGACUGUGUUGGGCCAGAGGUGGAAGCUGCGUGUGCUGAUCCAGCUCCAGGAACUGUAAUUCUUCUGGAGAACCUGAGAUUCCAUGUGGAGGAAGAAGGAAAGGGCAAAGAUGCAGCUGGGAACAAGAUUAAGGCAGAUGCCGCUCAAGUGGAAGCUUUCCGGGCCUCCCUGUCUAAACUAGGAGAUGUUUAUAUAAACGAUGCCUUUGGAACUGCUCACAGAGCCCACAGUUCCAUGGUUGGUGUUAACCUGCCACAGAGGGCUGCUGGUUUCUUAAUGAAGAAGGAGCUUGAUUACUUCGCCAAGGCCUUGGAGAACCCAGAGAGACCUUUCCUGGCCAUCCUUGGAGGGGCCAAGGUUAAGGACAAGAUUCAGCUGAUCAAUAACAUGCUGGAUCAAGUGAACGAAAUGAUUAUUGGAGGAGGAAUGGCCUUCACCUUCUUGAAAGUUCUGAACAAUAUGGAGAUCGGUACUUCUUUGUACGAUGACGAAGGUGCUAAAAUUGUGAAAGACUUGAUGGCCAAAGCAGAGAAAAACGGCGUUCGAAUCACCCUUCCAGUAGAUUUUACAACAGCUGAUAAGUUUGAUGAGAACGCCAACACUGGACAGGCCAGUGUCGCCACCGGGAUUCCAGAGGGUUGGAUGGGUCUAGACUGCGGACCAGAGAGCAUGAAACUUUUUGUUGAAGCUGUGGGUAGAGCUAAGCAAAUCGUUUGGAAUGGCCCAGUUGGCGUGUUUGAAUGGGACAAGUUUUCUAAAGGCACCAAAGCUGUGAUGGACAAAGUAGUAGAGGUCACUGGAAAAGGCUGCAUCACCAUCAUCGGUGGAGGAGACACUGCUACCUGCUGCGCCAAGUGGGAUACUGAAGAUAAAGUCAGCCAUGUUAGCACUGGAGGAGGAGCCAGCUUGGAGCUUCUAGAAGGCAAGGUGCUUCCAGGAGUUGACGCUCUGAGCAAUGUUUAACAGUCCAGGGGGCUUUUAUUUAACGGAGAAAGCGGUUUAGUCCAGAGACCUGGGGAGCAAUACGGAGACCAUAUGAGCAGCCCAAAAUAACCCAAGCACUUUAGAAGAAAAUCCCCCAUGGAUCUCAGCUGGGAACCUUUUUGUUAAGAGUAUAACAUGUUUGCAAAUGAAUGGUCUUCAAUACAUUGCAUUACUUGGGUCUCAAGGUAUUCAUAAGACAUUCUCUGCUUGGAUGGAGAAAGUGUGCUGCAGCGUGUUCUAGGCUCCUGUCUGUUCUCAGUACUGUUUAUUGUGCACUUAGAUGUAUAUAUUGCCCUGUAUGUUCAUUAGUGUACACAUUUAGAUUUACUUCCCUUGUGUAUUAACGGUUUACAGCUGAACUGAUGGGCUCCCCAGUAAUCUGGUCACAAUAAUAAUAAAAAAAAAUCUAUAUAAAAA